AGCCACAGGAAUGAUCGAAAGAGAUAUGGAAGCAACUAAAGGAAAUAAAGAUAACUAAGUAUCAAUGACAGCAAAUCUGACUACAAAUAUUAUCGCUUAUAUAAGAAUAUGGCUCUUUGGGUAAUCCAACAACACCGAUAACUUAUCAAAACUACUACGAACAUGCAUGACUAAUUCAAGCUAAACUCUAAUAAGAUUCUACGAAGUAUGUCUUAAGACCGAGUGGCAGCAGCGGUGAACGUAAAUAAAAAGCGUAAACAUCAAGUCCGAUGACUCACGAUGACGAAGUUUCCAUUAUCAUAUCACAAGCACAUACGUUAGUUGCAACCCGACACUCAAUACUAAUUGUCGUCUUCGUUUAACGUAUUUUUUUAACCCGUUCUUCAUAAAAAAAUAAUUGCAAACGUCAUCCUAUCAAGGCCGCAUUGAGAAGCGACCGCGCGUGACACACUUAUAAAGUGCCGUGUACGUAAUAUUUCACUUAUUUUCCUCGAACGGUUAGAACAAAGAGAUUUAUUUAUGAAAUUAUUUUAGCACUUCCUAACGAUCGACGCACCAGCCUGUUGAUCCAAACACGUGAGCACAAUACAUACGUUAAAACGAGAGGAUGCGAGCGUUCGACGCGAGUGUAUGAUCAAAAUCGAAUAAAAAAUGAUUAAAAGGAAUGGUGAUAAUGUAUUUGCGAUCGCGUCGAGCCACAAUCAGUGUCAGGGUGGCAAGAGCGCCGUCCCGCUCUUCCCCGCGGGCGGCGGCGGCGGCGGCGCGGGCACGCGGAUCCCGCGCGCCACACCGAGAAUGACGCCUCCCGACGCGCACCACAACACCAAGGAGGCGAACAUCGCGCUCUCUACAUACGUCGAAAAAUGGAAAAACAGAUAUGAAGAGGCCGAAAGAAAACACAAAGCACACCUCCUCAAACAAGAAAAAGCACGCCGUGAACACGAUGACCUCCAACGGCGGUACAACAUCCUACAUGAGGAGCGGAACCAUCUCGACUUGGAGCUGCGAGAGAGGGAGAAAGAACUCAACAAACUACGCACUGUCUCGGAGAAGCUGUUCACUGAGUACCAACAGCUCAAACACCAGAGCGAGGUCGACGCUGGCCUUAUGCAGAAGGUUAUGCAGCAGGCUGGCGAGUGGUACAAACAGAAUAAGCAACUCAAACGCCGCAGCACCGUGCUUCUCAGCGCUCUCCCCAACAAGCCCAUAGAUCUUGACCUGGACUGCACCGACACUGCAUCAGACACAAGCAGCAAUGAAGAAGUGGACUUCCUUAAGCAACAGCUGAGCUCACUAUCUCAACAACUAGCAGCGCUGCAGACGGAGAACAACGCCGCCAAGCUAACAGAGUUUGAAACUCACGAACAGUGCGUUGCGCUGGCGCAGGAACUCGAGCAAGAGAAAGAGAAAUGCCAAGCACAAGAGAAGGAGUUGGAAGAGCUGCGGUCUCAGAUAGAGAGGCACAAUCGCGUCUCCAAGCUGCUGAUGGAAGAAGUCACCGCGUUGAAAGACAACGCGGACAAGGACAGAGAGAUGGCCGAGACUUACAAAAGCGAGGCGCUCUCAGCGAAGAAACGAGUGAAGCAGCUGAGCCACCAGAGCGCACUACUGAUGGGCGAGCUGGAGAUGGAUGAGCGGCUAAUGCUGCUUCUGGGGGAGGUGGACAGCCUUAAACUGGCGCUGGACAGUCAGGCUAGCAGACAUCGCGACCAGCUCGAAGAGUUGCAGUUGAAACUGGCAGAGAAACAUGAAGACACAGACAUUCUCUUAUGGGAAGAGAAGAUACGUCUAGCAGAAGAAGACGCACAGAAGGCGCUAGAACGAGCAGAGAGAGCGGAGAAGAGGUUGAUAGAGUUAGAGAGAGUGAAAGUGGGACAGAAGAAGAGUGGGAUCAUGUCCAGAAUUAGUUACUUCGAGAAUGGAGGCGCGGAGAAGAACGAAAUCAAAGAAGAGAAGGAAAUAGAAGAAGUUAAAGAGACUCUUGCUCCAGUGUCAGCACCACCACGCUCACCAUCCCCCUCCCGCACUCCCACUCCCGCCCCUAUCUCCCCCACACCACCCCCACCCCCAACUCCCCCCAUGGCGCCGCCCCCGCCCCCGCCGUGCCUUCCCCCGCCCCCACCACCUCCCCCGCCGCCGCCGGCCGUAUUCUCCCCAGCGGGAGAAGUGGAUGAUAUGGCGAAGUUAUUGGCUGGGAAACAAGGGACCUUGAAGAAGACUAAGCAAGCCAAUGGAGGAGGAGCCAUAGACGCUAUAGUAGACCAAAUCAAAGGUGGCAAGUUCCAUCUCAAGAGUACAGACCAGAACUUCUUGGAGAAGAAGCCGAAAGAAGAGCAACCGGAAGCUGUGAAGGAAAUGUUGGCCAUACUGGGGACAUUACGGAAGCGACGCAGCGUCACCCGGCCCAGUUUUGUUGGCAGCAGUGACGCGUGACCUAGGGCAUGUAUCAGAUGACGUAAAAGAAAAUAAACACAACACACUCUAGAUAUUAUUCCUGACCUAAGUUUUACAUUUUUAAUUUUACAUUAGUAUACGAUAUUUUCUAUUUUAUUAGACCGUCAUAUCGUGGUCUUAUAGGGCAAACUAAGUAAGCGCUUUUAAAAAAAAAACACUUCAGAUGUGAUUUUUUCUAAAAACUUCGGUUUCCUUUAAUGAGAAUAAAAACUAUAAGCUCAAAUGUAGGAGGCAGCACUGUUGAGUGUUCCUAAAUUUUGACAGCUCUUCAUACUGUCCAGCUAGAAUUCGUGAUAAAUCACCGGGCGAGAGCCUUCAGCGCUCCCCAUUUGUCCGGCCAAGUAGUUAAUGCCAUCUGCGGCAAAUCUACAAUAACUCACGUCAAAAAAAAAUCGUGAUAAAUUGCUAUAAAACGUAGAGCAACGUGGAGUGAAUUUCAAGGUUAGCCCAGCUGACGUCAUCCGACAAUAAUAAUUUAUUGUAUACGAAAUGACAACAAGUUUUUAAUUUACUUUGCAAGGAAAUUUUGUACUUUUAGUAAAAGAUUUACGUACAGUUUUAAUUAUUUUUAUAUAUGUGACAAAUAAUAGUAAUUAAAUACAUUAGUCGGUAAUUCGCUUAUUUUUUAUUAAUAAAAUUUACGUCAUCAAUAGGCUAACAAUGGCGGCUUGUCAUAGAAUUGAGCAUACCUGGUCUUCUUAUACCAUGGUUUUCACUAUAAGCCCACGAUAUAUAUUUAUGUAUGAAAGAGAGAUCUCAAGUGUUUUGGGAACAUUUUACAUCAGCCUUUAUAUCAGGUAUGAGUAUAAUGAAUUGAAUUAGUAAAAUAAAGUCAAUUAUUUAAGAGUACAACUAAGUAUAAAAUUUUUCGGAAAAAUAUCGUUCAGAAAACAUAUUUUAAGAAUAAUAAAUUUUACAAUUUAUGACAUUUUGCAUUUUAUACAAAAAAAGACAGGAUUGUUAGUGCCAAUAAAAUUUCGACUGCCAUUUUGACUGUUAAAAUAAAAUGUUGCCAUUAGGAUAAAAUUUAUGGAAAUUAUUUUUACAAUGGUCACAACUUUUGACGAAAAUAUAUGUUAUAGAUUUUUUACGCUAGUAUUUGUGACUUAAUAUUUUAGGGAAUUGAUGGCUAGAUCUGAAUACUCUAUUUUAUCGAAAUAAAUGUAUUUUUUAGUAAUUUAGUAAGGUUAUCAGUAAAAUUUCAUAAAGAAAAAUAUUUACUUAAGCAUUUUAAGACAUCUUUUAUAUUUUGUAUUAAAAGAUAAACCACAACUAUCACAUCGAUGCGGGAUUUCAUUUCUUUCUUUGUAUUAUAAUUCUUCGAAUAAUUUCCCCAUUUAAAGAAAGAAAGAAAAAUAUUUAUUUCCCCACAUAAAAACAAGCCAAGCCAAGUCAAGUUAAGUCAAGUCAAGUUGGUUGUCGGGCCGAGUGGUAAAUACCAUCCAAGGCAAAAAUAAAAUCAUUAUAGCCAAGGGACAAAUCGAUGUGCAAAUAGUAAGCGGGUGGAUCGUUGAAUACCGAUGGCGAAUAUCACUACCAUAAACUAAGUACUUUAUUUUAUAUUUGUCAACGGAAUUAUAUGUCUAAUAUAAUAUAAACUACGGGUCGACAAGAAUCCUUUGGCACUCGCAUAAGUAAGUAAAAUAUUUAUACAUUGACAGGAGGGCAUUACUUAUUUACUUAUCUCUCUCUCAUGUGGGUUGAGAGACUAAUAACCGACAUCAUCAACCGUGGUGUCAGCAACUAGAGAUCACAAAGUGAUUUUUGUGGUAAUUCCCCACCGGUGUUCGAACCCGGGACUUCCGGACCGUGAGCUCUACGCUCAACCACUGCCACGUGCCAAAUGAUCCUUGUCGUUCUGUGUUAUAGAAUACUCUACAAAACACGUUUAAGUUUAAAUAUAUUGUUACUAUUCUCAUUUUUGUAUAGAAAGUAUAAUUUUGUAUAGUGUUAUCGAAGGCUUCCAUACAGUUUUAGUUACCGCGGGUGCCAUUUGUUGACGGAAUUACCAGCAUUUUAUUUGUAAAGUAUUAUUAGUUAGUAUAGUGCGUAAGAAGGUAAGUUUAUACCGAAUAAAUUAUCUAUUCAA